GACAAUAAAAAAGUCCAACCUCUUUCCUCGUUCCUUCCGUUUUUGUGUCGUUUCACGAUUCUCUUCUCUUCUCAUCAUCACUGACUGAUGGAAACAAAUCACACAGUAAUGGAAUCCACCUCUCUCCCAAUGCAAGACCCAACUUCCCCCGCCGCCGCCGAACCCGAACAACACCAGCACCAGCACCAGCACCGGUCGCCGCGGCCGUCAUCGUCGAAGCGCAACUACAAGUCAAAGCGGCCAGUAUUCAAGAUUCUCCCAGGUCAGAUCGCGUUCCGUCUGGUCUGCCACGCGUCCAUAGUCGGCGGCUUAAUCGGCAGCUCCGGUUCCAUCGUGUCCCAGCUCCGGCGAGAAACCGGUUGCAAAAUCCACUGCGAGGACGCCGUGCCCGGCACCGAUGACCGGGUCAUACUGAUAAUCGGGUCUCUUUGGCCCCGGAAAGGCGUCGCGUUGGAAGAUGGCGAGGUCGAGGUUUCCAACGCGCAGGAAGCUUCGGUUAGGGUUUUUGAGAGGGUUUGGGAGCUUGAAGCUGAGAAAGGGGUUAACAGAACCAUUAACAGUGAAGUUGUCUGUAAAUUGCUUGCACACACUUCUCAGAUUGGUGCUCUUGUGGGGAAAGGAGGGAAGAACAUUUCCACCAUUAGGAAUAAUACUUGUACGAAAAUUAGGGUUUGCCCUUCUCCUCCUUGUGCCGCUAAAGACGAGGAGUUAGUUCUAAUUACUGGUGAAAGUUUGGGUGUAAAGAAAGCGCUGGUUUCUGUAUCUCAUUGUCUUCAAGAUUGUCCACCAUUAGCCAAAGCUCCGGUAUCUUUGAGCCCGCCAACUCUUAGCUCUUCUGAUAUGUCAUCCCCGGAUCCACAUGAUGAACUUUUUCCUCACCUUAAUUCAUGGCUACCCUCCAUGGAAGGUUUAUCUAUAAACGAUGCUUCAAGACAGACAACAAACUCUAAUGGAAACUUUAAUCUUGACUCGAAAGGUGCAGAGCACCAAGUUGUGUUCAGAAUCCUUUGCUCUAAUAACGUAGCUGGUAGUGUGAUUGGCAAAAGAGGGGCUAUAGUCAGAGCUCUAGAAAACAAAACAGGUGCUUCUAUUAUCUUUGCAGCUCCUAUAAACAACUUUGCUGAGCGCAUUGUCACCGUUUCUGCCAUCGAGAACCUUGGAUCUAGUUAUUCUCCAGCACAAGAUGCUGUUAUUCUGGUCUUCGCUAGAAUUAUUGAAGAUCAUAUUGGAAAGGGUUUUCUACCGGCAUCUAGUGUAGAAUCACCUGUAACUGUGAGGCUUUUAGUUGCAUCAAGCUCUGUAAAUUGCUUGAAUGGCAAUGAAGGUCAGGUGAUUUCGGAAUUGAAAGAGUCAACCAGGGCUGAUAUACAAAUUUUGCAUGGAGAGCCGGUUCCAACUGCUUCUGAUAAUGAUGUGGUAGUACAGAUCACUGGUGGGUACAGAUGUGUACAAAAUGCUCUACAUAAAAUCACUAGUAGAAUCAGGGAUAAUCUUUACCCAAAUGAGGUGCUUGCUGAAGCAAGAACGAAUUCCAACUUUCAAGUGAAUAAGGAUAUUGCAGAGGGUAAUUUUUCUGCCCAUGGAAAAUCUGCUUUUCCUUUAGGGAGGUUUAUGCGACAGAAUGCUGGGGGGCAUGGUGGAUCUAACUCAGAGAAUGGAGUAUUACAUACGGAUUUAAGUGAGAAUUCCGAACGUGGGAGAGGAAACAUGCUUGCUACUGUGACAAAUACUACUGUGGAGAUUGUAGUUUCUGAACAUGUCUUCAGUUCUGUUUAUGGCGAAGAUGGCGGCAAUGUGGAUCGAAUCAGACAGAUUUCAGGUGCAAGUGUAACGGUUUAUGAUCCUUCUGCCGGAACAAGCCAAGGGAAGGUAGUGAUAUCCGGGACACCUGAUCAAACCUUUGCAGCACAGAGCUUGCUUCAAGCCUUCAUUCAAUCUGGACAAGUAAGCUGAGCUGAUGAGAAGUUGCAUUCCAUUAUCACACGUCAAGUCGACAACCUUCACUAAUCACGUUGUGAAUAUGAAUUUACUGUUUUCCUGAAAGAUGAUGCUUUCUUUCUAGGCACUCCAAACAUAGAUUUUGUUCAAUUUAUGUCUCUUUUUGUUCUCUCUCUCCCCUUCCCUCACUCUCUCUUAAAAAAGAGAAGGGGUGCAGCUGCCACUAACAUCAAUCGAUAGUUCAAUUUCACUUAAAGACCCCAUUUAUAACAGUUCAUCCCCGUUGUGGUUUUUUGCUGUUGA